AGUAAUAAAAAGUAUUUGAGUUUAGUGGACAGAUGCUACUGGGAAUCAUCUAAAUAUUUGGAAGGGUAAAUUUACAGGGGCAAAUAUGAUACUUCCAAACUAUGAAAGGAUAGAUGUGUAGAGUCCCUUUAAACUAAAGAAUGUGUCUGUUAUCUAUUUUAUUUGGUUGAAGUAAGCGCCUACUAGGACAAGGUUAUAUCCAUAACAUUUUCUUAGUUUCCGACGUGUAUUCCUUUAAAUUAUACGUAGUAGGGCACUUUUUGUAGCUUUGUGUAUAAUGUGACGUCGUCUAUCUCUCUCUCUAUCGUGAGCAAAUGCUCCAACUUUUUGAGUCACAGUAUUGAAUGACAUAGUUGGCUACUCUGUUUUAUUAUCAUCUGCAACACCCUCUCUCCCCACGUAUCGUGGAAGUAUUCGGGCAGUGUUGUAUAUAUGUACUCUGAGGAGAUCAGUAGCCCAAAAAGAUACAACUUCGUUUUACCAAUGUUAAACAGUGAAAGUCGAUUUAAUCUUAUGAUUUUGUUGGUUGGCAUCUCUAAAAAAUUUAAUGCAUAAGUUAUGAAUAUUAAACAUCUAGUAAAUUGACUUUGACAUCUCAGAUUGAAUGAGAACUUGAUCAGUGGAUCCGGUGAAAAUUGACUUGAAAUAUUUUUGUAGGGAGAUUUUGGUGUGACCCAGUCAUCAUCAGGCACCUGCUUCCUCUGAUUGAUUGUUAAUGGAGCCGAUGAUGUUUCUACGGACAAACCCAUGCGACCGGCCCCCAUCACGCAGAUAAGUAAUAUAUUAGCCAUUGCAUUCCAUCAUUGUUUGCCGGUGCCAUCUGCUGUGCCUCGAGGACCUUUUGCCCCAGCCAGGAUUCACAUAGUGAUGAUACAUACAGCGACCUCGCUGCACUUGUACCAUCCUAAUGGGUCACUAUUGUUGUGUUAUGCUUGUACCAUCCCACGUUCGUGCUUCGAUAGCUCAACCAUAUAUUCGCUCUUCACCUAUUUUAUUUUCUCCCUUUGCAGGUCUUGUGAGAUCACAAAAGGUUAAAGGUUGACCUCCACAUGCCCGGUCUUAAUACAACGGCGAAUAAUGCCCGUAUUAGGUUGAUCAUGCAGCCGCACCCAUCAAAUCGUAUGCGUUGCCUCACCAGCAAAUGCGGAGUUAGAUCGAUGCCUCACGGUGGCCCCGAGCAUUGGAUUCCUCCAUGCAAGUACGAGGGAGGGGACGAAGCUCCAUGCACCGCCGUCCACCCACCCAUGUCCUCGAUGAGCAAGCAGAUUAAUCGGCAAACAUAUGCGUUCGUCUCUGGAUCAUCAACCGAGAAAGGAGAACUGUUGUAGGAUUUGGAUCAUCAGAAAGCCUCGGUGACUUCAGAUCGGAGGAAAUGGCUCCGUUGAAGCGGAAAAGAUAAAGCUCCGUUCCCGAGGAGCAGCGCGGCAGAAGAGGACAGGGAGGAGGGGGGAGGAAUUUGGAAGCAAAGCUGAAGACGACGAAGCUCUUGGCUGCGUGAGACGUGCCAGUCCGCACGCUUCGCACGUGCAUUCUCUGCCACGUCCGCCAGGCCUUGUCCCUACAACCGCGUCUCCUCCAUGGCCUCUGCUACUUACUGCGACUGAGGGAGACGAAGGAGAGAGCGGGAGCGCUGCUUGCCGGCUUUGCUUCGUUCGCGAGCGUCGAGCGACAUGGGAGAGGAGGAGAAGAAGCCGGAGAAGGAAGGGAAGAAAGAGCCGCCGCCGCCGCCGCCACCGGCUGCUGCGGCAGAGGAGGAGAAGGAGAAGAAGGAUGGAGGUGUCGGCGACGGAGGCGAGGGGGAGAAGAAAGAGGGAGAGAAGAAGGAGAGCGAGAAGGCGGCCGAGAAUCCACCGCCUCCGCCACCGCCGCCGCCGGAGGAAGUGGUGAUGAAGGUCUACAUGCAUUGCGAGGGGUGUGCCAGGAAGGUGCGCCGAUGCCUCAGAGGCUUCCAAGGCGUGGAGGAGGUGGUGGCGGACAGCCGGACGCACCGGGUGGUGGUGAAGGGGAGGAGGGCGGCGGAGGAUCCCAUGAAGGUGGUGGAGAGGGUGCAGAAGAAGAGCGGGCGGAAAGUGGAGCUGCUGAGUCCCAUUCCACCUGCGAAACCGGAAAAGGAGGAGAAGAAAGAGGAGAAGCCCAAGGCAGAGGAGAAGAAAGAGCCGCAGGUGAUCAUUGUCGUGCUCAGAGUCUACAUGCAUUGCGAGGCCUGCGCCCAAGAGAUCAAGAAAACGAUCCUAAGAAUGAAAGGGGUGCAGACGGCGGAACCGGACCUGAAGAGCUUGGAGGUCACGGUGAAAGGCGCGUUCGACCCGGCGAGCCUGGUGGCGUACGUGCACAAGCGGACGGGGAAGCACGCGGCGGUGGUGAAGCAGGAGCCGGUGGAGAAGAAGCCGGAGGAGCCAGAGAAGGCCAAGGCCGAGGAGCCGCCACCAGCUGAGGCGGCGGGAAAGGACGAGAAGAAGUCCAGUGGUGGAGAGAAGAACGAGAAGGAGAAGAAGGGUGGGGAGAACAAGGAGGAAGAGAAGAAGAAGGAGGAGGGCGGAGGGGAGGACUCGAAGAAGGACGGCACCGUCGCAGCGGAGCAGAAGAACGGGGACAAGAAGAAGGAGGAGCAGGAGGAGAAGAAGGAGGCCAACGGCGGCGGCGGAGGAGUAGGGCAAGGGGCGACGGAGGUUCCGGCUGCCGUCGUGGCCGUGGCGGCGACGGCGAUCGACGGCGGCGGAGCGGGUAAGCCGAAGAGGAACGAGUUCUAUUACUACUACCCGCGCUACCCCGUGGAGUACGCUUACCCGCCGCAGAUCUUUAGCGACGAGAAUCCUAAUGCAUGCGCUGUCAUGUGAUCAAAGGUUUGUGGAUGGGGAAGCAUAACAUUCCAUGUGUAUUUUUCUUCUCCAUUCCCCUAUGAAAAAUAUAUAUAUUAUAUAAAUAUUCCUAAUAAGAUGUUGUCAUCUCUAAUAUUGUUCUCUUUAUUUCUCUAGAAA